ACAACUGGAAGAGGCUGGGCAGAGCUGAGCUGCACUUUAAAAACAAGUCACACAAUCCGCCCCUUCAGUUGACUCCAAUCGAUUCCACCAUGUUUGCUUCAGCCAUCCUGCUAUGCCUCUGUGUUCUCUUCAUCCUCCUUCAACUCACAACCCGGAGGCCCAAGAACUUUCCACCGGGACCCCCUCUCGUGCCAGUACUGGGGAACCUUUUGGAAAUGACCGUAGGAAGCCCCUUGGAGGACUUUGAGAGGCUGAGGAAGACCUAUGGAAAUGUCUACAGUUUGUUCUUCGGUUCCAGACCGGCUGUGAUUGUCAAUGGGAUUAAGGCCGUUAGGGAGGCUCUUGUGACCAAUGCCAAAGAUUUUGCUGGACGACCCCAAGGCCUGUUAGUGGCUGACCUCUCCGAAAAUGAAGGAGUGAUUCUGGCAGAUUAUGGCCCCAGAUGGAAGGACCAUCGUCGCUUUGCCCUCACAAACUUGAGGAACUUUGGUAUGGGGAAGAGUGCCAUGGAGGAGAAGAUUCAUCAAGAGAUAAAAUUCAUCAUCGAUACAAUGGAUGAAAACAUUGGCAAAACCAUGAGUCCUGAAUCUAUGAUUUAUUUGGCAACCUCAAACAUCGUCUGCCGGGUUCUGUUUAAUGCACGCUACAAUCAAAAUGACGAUUUCAUCAAUGUGAUUAUUAAAGGCUAUAGCGAGAAUGCAAAGAUACUCAAUGGACUCAGCUCUACGCUGUGUGAAGCUUUUCCCAUACUUCGUAAACUGCCACUUCCCGUCUCCAAGCUCUUCAAGAAUGUUAAGAAUGCUGAGAAUUUUGUGCAUGUCUUGUUGGCUGAGCAUAAGAAGACCAGAGUCCCUGGACAACCGCGAGAUUUCAUUGACUCCUAUCUGGAUGAAAUGGAAAAGGACACAGAAAAAGAUUCUACAUUUUCAGAAGACCAAAUGUGUACAUUCGUUCUAGACCUUCACUUUGCUGGGACUGACACGACCUCCAACACCAUGCUUACUCUUUUCCUCUACCUUACAAGCAAACCACAGAUGCAAGAGCGCUGUCAAGAGGAGAUAGACAGGGUGUUAGAAGGGAAGGAUCAGGCCAGUUUUGAAGACAGACAUCAGAUGCAUUACAUGCAGGCUAUGAUCCAUGAAGUUCAGAGGGUAGCCAACAUCGUUCCACUCAACGUCUUCCACGCUACGGUUGUAGACACAGAGCUGAUGGGAUAUUCCAUUCCCAAAGGUACGCUGGUCAUCCCUAAUAUGAAGUCUGUACUGAGUGAGGAGGGACAAUGGAAAUACCCUCAUGAAUUCAACCCUGAAAACUUCCUCAAUGAGCAGGGAGAGUUUGUUAAACCAGAGGCCUUCAUGCCUUUCUCCACAGGUAUUCGUAUGUGUCUCGGAGAGGGUCUGGCCCGUAUGGAGCUCUUCCUCAUCCCGGUGAUGCUGCUGAGGAAGUUUAAGUUGAUCUGGCCUGAGGAUGCAGGAGAGCCAGACUACACUCAAAUCUUUGGGGGUACAAUGAGUCCCCAACCUUAUCGCAUAAAGGUCCAACCUAGGUCAACGCAGUAAGGUGCUAAAAAACCCAGAUGCCGACACACAUGGAGGGUAAAGUUGAGUACGAAUUUUUAAUGAACAAUUAUGGAUAUGGAAGGGCUGAUGAACGAGAAGAAUGGCUGAAGCAAAGCUGAUGCAGCGUGAAGGAAGGGGAUGGAGAAGACACUGGCACUGGAAGGCUGAGGCAAAAAGGGACAAAAAACAAGUUAGCUGAGGCACGACAAAGAAACAGUAGAAAUAUCUUCGAAGCUCAUUUGGCUGAGAGUCACACUAACACUGAGGUGAUGAGACAAUUUGGCAAACAAUGGGAGGGGAGAGCAGGUUCUCGAGCUGAGAGUUUAUGAGUUGAUUGUAGAAAGGUGGAGAUGAGUCAGGUGAUUGGGGGUGUUAUCCAAGGGAGACUUGGCAGAGGGAAUCGUUUGAUCACUGGCACACAGGCUUAGUAAUCUGACGAGACAGGCAGUAGGUAAUCAUGGACACAUGAAAUACAGGAGUAUAUUGAACUGGGAGGCAAACCAAUCUAAAAGCUAUGGCUUAACGUAGAGACAAAACCAGGAGUAGAACUAUGAUCCGGCAGAGACUGGCGCAGAGUUUUGAAUGGCAGGUGUGCAAAGACAGCAGAACCAGGAGCCAGAGUGAGGAAGGAGAUUAUGCUUCUUUUUUGUUUUCUUCUCUUUGUUCUAGCUCUUUAGUUAUUUUAACUGCAUACUUUUCUAAUCCAGGAUAAGCUUGUUUUUGCUCUUUCAGAGAGUGAAGGAUCUGUGAAUGUAGCUUUGUAGUUACAAAAGUGUUACUAGAUAACCUUGUGUGAAGCUUAAAACAGCUUUAACCCAUAAACUAAUAUGGCCAUAGCAGUGACCUACAUCACCCCCCUGCAGACUGACACGGCUUCCUUCAGUGUUAACUGUGUUUUUUGGGUGUCACUGUCCGUGGUGCUGACGACGAGGUGUCAUAUCUAUUAAAGAACAUUCUUGAGUUGUAACUAUUAACCUUGUGUUGAUUCCCCUCACAGUGUGGUUAUUUUUCCAACAUAAUUGGAUUCUUCAGACCUUUUAAAUGUUAACACAGUUUGGCUACCGCACAGUUUUUAAUCUGGGGGAGAAAAAGACAAGAUAACAGAUAAUUAAUGGCUCCCUCAAGUGGACAGCAUUAGGUAUUCGAUUUAACAUUCAAGUUGAUUUUUAACAUAUAAAAACAUUUUAUCUACAUAUCUAUAUCUAUAUAUCUAUACAAAUAGAUGGGUGUAAAAUAAAUGGAUUGUACAUUUUAUGUAUAGGAUUAUCUUUAUAUAUAAGACUGAGGAAAAGGCAUCCAUAUUUCUCUGAUUGAAGCGCAGAUCCUCUUUUUGACCACUCAAAGGUAGUUCUUACUGCAAAGUGUCUGACUGCUGUUUAAGGCUAAUUAAAAUCAUUAAAAGACAUUUUUAUGCCUCCA